GACAGGCUCCGGGGGAGGGAGCGCAGAGCGGAGCGGAGCGGCGAGCGGUGCGGGUGGUGUGCAGGCGCAGGGUCUCGCUUCAGGUGUUCCUGACUGGCCGCAGCGGCCUGUCUGAGACGGGAAGGGGCGAGCUCGGUGCCCUAAGCGCAGUCAGCAUGGACCGCCCGGAUGAGGGGCCUCCUGCCAAGGCCCGCCGCCUCAGCAGCUCCGAGCCCUCUCAGGAUGACGCGCCGCCACCGCCGCCGCCUCCGCCGCCACCGCCGCUCAUGCGACUGCCCCUGCCUCCACCGGAGCAGCGCCCGAGGCUCCGGGAGGAAACGGAGGCGGCACAGGUGCUGGCUGACAUGAGGGGGGUGGGAUUGGGCCCCACUCUGCCCCCGCCGCCCCCCUAUGUUAUUCUGGAGGAGGGGGGAGUGCGCGCGUACUUCACCCUAGGUGCCGGGUGUUCCUACUGGGAUCCCGAAUUCGAGUCUGGGUAUGGGGAGGCGCCCCCUCCCGCGGAGAGCCUUGAAACAUUCUCUCCUGAGGAGGUGGCGGGGGGAAGCCUGGAGAUCGACAUUCAGGUUACCGAGCCGGAGCCGGAGCCGGAGCUGGAGCCCGAGCCGGAGCCGAGCGGCUUUAGUGGAGAGGCCAUAGAUACCUGUAGCAUAGGGGGACGGGAGUACCAGGUGUUAGCCGGUCUACAGGGGAAGGAAGAGGCCAUCAUUAUAGUAGAAGAUGAUGAGGAGGAGGUGAAGGAGAAUGUGAGGAAGAAGAGAAGGAGGAGGAGGAGGAAGCAGAGGAAGGUGAAGAGGCAAAGCAGAGAGGUGAAUCCCGAGAAGAUACAGUACGUCCUGCAGGCACUAGAAAGCGUUCAGCUAGACCUGGAGGCGGUGAACGUCAAGGCAGGCAAGGCCUUCCUCCGCCUCAAGCGCAAGUUCAUCCAGAUGCGGAGACCCUUCCUGGAGCGCAGAGAUCUUAUCAUCCAGCACAUCCCAGGCUUCUGGGUCAAAGCAUUCCUCAACCACCCCAAAAUUUCAGUCUUGAUCAGUCAACGCGAUGAAGACAUUUUCCGCUACUUGACCAAUCUGCAGGUACAGGACCUCAGACAUAUCUCCAUGGGCUACAAAAUGAAGCUGUACUUCAAGACAAACCCCUAUUUCACAAAUAUGGUGAUUGUCAAGGAGUUCCAGCGCAACCGAUCAGGCCGGCUGGUGUCUCACUCCACCCCAAUCCGCUGGCACCAGGGCCAGGAACCCCAGGCUCACAAGGGAAGGAACCAGGACACCAACUAUAGCUUCUUCAGCUGGUUCUCAAAUCACAGCCUCCCAGAGGCUGACAGGAUUGCUGAGAUUAUCAAGAAUGACCUGUGGGUCAACCCUGUGCGCUACUACAUGAUGGGAGAAGCUGGCUACCGAGCAAAGAGAAAGAAGCAAGAAAAGAAAGAAAGGUUUUCCCAGAUUAAAAAGAAGAACAGAUAUGAGUUGGUGAUCAUGGAUGACUUUGAUGACUAUCAACUGAUGCAAGACAUUAUUGGCGAGACCUCAGACAGUGAUUUUAUCACUGACAAUGAGACUGUUCACGACAUCAAGAUCUCUGACUUCAUGGAGACCACCGACUGCUUCGAGACCACGGACAACGAGAUAACUGACUUCAGUGAGAGUUUCUGUGACAGUGAGAGCGUCUAUGACUGUGAAAGCCCAGACCGCCACCUCACCACCGAAAACAGUGACAGUGCUGAUGAGCACACUUAUGGUGGUGAGAACUCCAAAGGUGGCGGCUGUGGCAACAACCUUGACAGCAGCGACAGUGACUACGGAGACAAUGAGACCAGUGAUGAUGAAGAUAAUGAUGGCAACGAAGGCGACAAUGAAGGCAGUGAUGAUGACGGCAAUGAAGGUGACAAUGAAGGCAGUGAUGAUGAUGACAGAGACAUUGGUUACUAUGAGAAUGCCAUUGCAGAGCCUCAGAAGAAUCAGCUUAACAUCAGCAACCUGGGCUACUAUGCGGAUGAGGUAGAGGACAUCUUUGAAGAAGAAUCGUCAAUCGAGGAGGAGGAUGAGGAGGGCAGUGAGGAAGAAGAUGAGGACAGCGAUGAGGGGGAAGGAAGUGAGGAAGAGGAGGAAGAUGAGGAGGAGGAAGGAAUCGAAGAAGACUGGGAAGACUCUGACGUGGAGGAGGUGCUUCAGGCCCAGAAUGCUUGGGCCAACCCCCGCAAGAGGGGCAAAACCGGAUAAACAAAUGUCUCACCCUUGCCCUUGUGGCUACUGCCUCUGUGUCCCUCUCCCUCUGUCCCAUUUGCCCUCCCCCUCAGCUAGGGCCUUGAGGCCCCACAUUGCACUUCUGGGGGGUGACCACUUCGUACACGGGUUUGAAGUUUAUUUUUAUGGUUUAGUAAUUGCAGAGUUCUUAUUUUGGGGGGAGGGAAAGGGGGACCCCCCUUCUUUCAGCCCUCCUCCCUCGCAGGCUUCUGUGUGCUGCUACGUAUUUAUUGUGAUGCCUUGGCCACGGCCCCUCUAUCCCCCUCCUCGUGCUGUUUGGAGUGAACACCCCUGAUCCCGAAGCGGGGAGGGCUGCUGUGGCCUUGGGAGAGCUGCUGCCUCCCAGUUGUCCUAAGUCUCUCUCUUCCCCUCACUUUUCCACCUGCUGUGCCCGCUAGCCCGCAUCGGUGUCUAUGCAAGGCCGCUUCGCCAUUGCGGUAUUCCUGCCCCCCACCCCCCAGAAGCCCAGUUCAUUCCCUGUGAACCCUGGUAAUCCUAAUAAAAUUCCCAGCAAGUUCAAA